UGCAGAAAUACAUAUACCCCACCAGCAAACCACUUUCCAGAAUUCCAACAGAGAAAACCCCUGGCUGCCGCUGCCGCAAUUCACCACACAACCAUGGCCAUGGCACCACCAAAUUCACUCUUAACCACCCGUCGCUCUCUCCCAUCUUCAUCUUAUCAACAACCAACCGCCAAAAUUCUGUCGUCCACGUCACCUCCUUUAAAUCCCCUAACCCUAACAAUCAAACACAAUCCAAUCAUCACUCCUAUAACCAAUAAUGACAUUCAAUCACUUGUUUAUCCUUCACUCGCAUUUUCAAACACUUUGUUCUUCAAAACCCCUUACAAUGUGCAGGUGAUCGUCGCCCCCGACGAAUCCGAGGAGAGCUUGAUCGGCCGCUUUCGCCGCGAGGUGUUUCGAGCUAAUGUUAUUCAGGAGUGUAAGCGCAGGAAGUUUUUUGAAACUAAUCAGGAGAAACGCAAACGCAAAGUCCGUGACGCUGCUCGUCGUAGAGCCCGAAGGCGUCCGCGACCGCAGGCCAAAAAAGAGGAAGUCUCACGAAAGAAGGCGGUUGAUGAUGAAUCCGACAACUGGGAUCAAAUUGACGUUCAAGUCCCCUAUUGUCGCUGAAGAAUACCAUGACCAAUCUUUUUGCUGACUUAACCAGGGUUCAAUCUUUUACCUGAAAACUCUGAUCUACUGAUCUGCAUUUUGUAUGCAUGUUGACUAGUAAUGACUAGGAUUUUAUUCCUAAAAUGCAUUACCACAAGUAGUUUAGACUAGUUACAAUAUUGGCAACAAUAUAACUAAGUGGGUAUUUGGAUAUGUUAGUGUUGAUUAGAACAUUACCCAAGUUGGUCUAAUCUUAAUCUUGAAUCCUUGAAAACUGUGUGGUUAUUCGGUUUAUGAGUAGUUUUGGGUUAGUCA